AUGGAUAUUGCUAACCAGUCCAGUGAAGGCUCUGCUCUGGUGCAUCAGCAAAUGUUUAAGGUGGAACUGAAUGAGGGCCCGCUGUCUAAACUUAUUGUGGCCAUUCUCAUGUCCUUGCUGUUCACCUACAUCAACAGCAUCAUGUUUCACACUCUCUUGAGUAAGCCUGUGUUUAGAGAGCUGCCUCGCUACAUCCUCUUUGCCCACAUGCUUUGUAAUGACACAGCUCAGUUACUGGUCUCUCUGUUGCUCUAUGUUUUGUCUAUGAAUGUACAACUGAUUCCGAAGGCUGUAUGUGCACUUAUCAUACUUCUGACAGUGACAACUUUCCGCAACGCUGCAUUGAAUCUGGCUGUGAUGUCGCUUGAGCGUUAUGUGGCUAUUUGUUUUCCACUGAGACACAGUGAGAUGGUGACCCAGAGAGCUGUAGGGAUUUCUAUUGUGUUCAUCUGGUUCUUCAGUUUAAUAAAUAUUUCAAUAGAUAUUAUUUAUGCACUGAUGGAGAAUCCAGCGUCUUUUAAAGAUCCCAUGUUUUGUACUCGACAGAGGUUUUUUUUGUCAUCAUGGCAAAAUGAUGUGUUUCAGGGCUUCAAUUUAUUUUUCUUUGUGACUGUUACAGCCAUUUUAAUAUUCACCUAUGUUAAUGUUGUGGUUGCAGCUCGAUCUGCCUCAGCUGAAAAGGAAUCUGCCAAGAAGGCUCAUAAGACCAUACUGCUUCAUCUUGUUCAGUUAGUGCUCUGUGUUAAUACAUUUAUUUAUGGAACUGUAGAGAGAGCCCUGGCUAUGGCCAGCAGCAGUCGUCUGUUCAUGGACCUGCGAUAUCUGAACUUUCUCUUUGUUCUCAUUCUGCCUCGGUGCCUGAGCCCCCUGAUCUACGGCCUGAGAGACGAUGCUGUACGCCCCUUAUUCCUCUACUAUGUCAGGUGUGGAACCCAAAAGGUCAAACCCUCUGUAACCACACACUAA